AUGCCGCCGGAACGAACAAAUGUGCCGGUGAAGCUGUCCUUGCCACUGCAAUACCAGCAGGACAUCUUCACCGAACUACGCGCCGAGGAUGAGUUGGUUAUUCUUGCCCGCGGCCUGGGGCUUCUCCACCUCAUAACGAAUCUACUUCAUUUCUACGACGCAGCGGGCAAUAACUUGGUAUUGGUUGUGGGUGCAGAUGACCGCGAAAAUGAGUGGAUCGGAGAAGCGUUGGCGGAGCAUUAUGCGACCAGCAAAUCCCCGCUUGCACGGGGAUUGAAGGUUAUCAACACGGAGAAAGCUACAGUGCCGAUGCGAGAACGAAUCUAUGGAGAAGGCGGUAUUCUGAGUGUGACAUCCAGGAUAUUGGUCGUGGAUUUACUAUCAAAGCUUCUUGAUCCUGAAAAGGUCACGGGAAUGAUCAUUUUACAUGCCGAUAAAGUUGUGGCAACCUCCCUGGAGGCAUUCAUAACUCGCAUUUACCGACAAGCGAACAAGCGAGGUUUCUUGAAGGCGUUUUCGGACUCACCCGAGCCAUUCACGACUGGGUUUGCACCGCUGGCUAACAUGCUACGGAAUCUUUUCCUACGCAAAGCUUCAUUAUGGCCGAGAUUCCAUGUCUCUGUGGCCGAGGCUUUGGAAGGUAAUCGCAAGGCUGAAGUGAUCGAGCUGGAGGUUCCAAUGAGUGCCAAAAUGCGAGAAAUCCAAAACGCCGUUCUCGAGUGUGUGGAGAUUAGCAUUGCCGAGCUUCGAAAAUCUAACACGGGUUUAGACAUGGAGGAGUGGACCUUAGAUAGCGCCUUGCAUAGGAAUUUUGACGUCUCGAUCCGGCGGCAAUUGGACCCUAUUUGGCAUCGCGUCACCUUCAGGACUAGGCAGAUUGUCAGCGAUCUAACAGAUCUUCGAGGAAUUCUCCAGGCUCUGCUUACCUAUGAUGCUGUAUCCUUCAUGAAAUACCUCGACACGAUUGUGUCGGCGCAUUCGCCGCCUCCGGGCUCCAACAAACACAACUACUCUCCCUGGCUUUUCCUUGAUGCUGCCCACGUUCUAUUCCAGACAGCAAAGUCACGAGUCUAUCAGGGUAAGAUGACUGACGAAAUGUCCCGUUCAUGGUCGUCAACCAACUUCUCGGCUGAGCUCAAACCGGUUCUUGAGCCUCUACCAAAAUGGGAGGUCCUCGCCGAAGUUCUUGAAGAGAUAGAGCAAGAUGCUUACUUGAACCCACCGAACCCAACCGAGGACUCCAACGGUACGAUAUUGAUCAUGUGCAGUGAUCAACGCACCUGCCGGCAGCUUCGUGAAUAUGUUGGCACUAUGCAUGCCAAAGUAUCUCAUGUGUCAAAUGAUAAGGAUCAGAGUAAGGAGGCUUUGAGCGAAGAGGCAACGUCGGCAGAAGUGAUGAUGCGACGCCGACUACGUGACUAUCUGAAUUGGAAAAGGUCACUAUCCAAUGUGAACAAGAACCUAUCCCAGGCCGGAGAAGUGGGCAAGCCCACAGAAUCAGGGAGGCCAGGGCAGCAACAAGGCAGACCUCCUCCAAACAAACGUCGACGAGUACGUGGUGGAGGAGCAGUGAACUCUGCCUCUGGUCGUGUGCCAGACAGUAGUGUUCAAACGCAGGUCGAGUUACCAGCUCAAGUCGUCAGUCUACUUGAGGAGAUUCAACCCACUGAGGCAGAAGGAAUACAAAAAGAAGAGAUUGUCGUUGAUGAUCUCGAAGACAUGGAGGAUUAUUAUGAGCUAUACGAGAUGAAUGAUUUGGUCAUGAUACUCCCAUACGAUGGUGACAUGGAUGAGCACAUCCUAGAAGAGGUUCGGCCGCGGUACAUUAUCAUGUACGAACCGGAUGCAGCAUUCAUCCGCCGGGUGGAAGUCUAUCGCAGCUCCCACGUUGGCAGAGUGGUGAAGGUGUAUUUCCUCUCCUACGAGGGUUCUGUUGAGGAGCAGCGAUACUUGAGUGCUGUGCGGCGAGAAAAGGAUGCAUUCUCGAAAUUGAUCAAAGAGAAAGGAAACAUGGCUGUUACUUUGACGCAUGACAAGAGCGCCGAAGAUCCUCAAGAGCAAUUCCUACGCACAGUCAACACUCGAAUUGCAGGUGGUGGAAGGCUCGCAGCAACGGCAGCUCCUCCUCGGGUGGUGGUCGACGUGCGCGAGUUUCGAAGUGCUUUACCGUCUCUACUGCAUGGGAAUAGUAUGGUCGUCAUCCCCUGCCAACUGACGGUCGGAGAUUACAUUCUCACGCCAGAUAUCUGCGUCGAGCGCAAAUCUAUUCGCGACUUGAUCUCCUCGCUUCGCAACGGUCGACUCUAUAACCAGGCCGAGACGAUGAUUCAACACUACAAGACUCCGCUUUUGCUGAUUGAGUUCGACCAAAACAAGUCCUUCACCUUUGAUGCUUUUGCAACUAUCUCUACCGGCACAUUCUUGACUGACUACGGCUUCUCUUCCUCGGGACAAGCGACCAGCUCAAGUACCAGCGCACAUACUAAUCCCUCGAACCCAAAGUCUGCACAACACUUGUUAGUUCUGCUAACGCUCGCAUUUCCACGACUCAAAAUUAUAUGGUCCUCAUCACCCUACCAGACGGCCGAGAUCUUCGCCGAGCUAAAGAAGAACGCGGCAGAGCCUGAUCCUCUUCGCGCUGUUCAGAUCGGUCUGGACAUUGACAUCUUGGGCUCUGCUGGUGAUUUCAUGGCUGCAGCUGGCAUCGAACACCGGACAUUCAAUCUGCUGCCGCAGGACAUGCUCCGGGCCGUGCCAGGGGUAACACCACAAGCCCUCGACCGGCUGAUUCUUGAAACGGACAACCUGCAUGAGAUCGCUAAUAUGAGUGUGGAACAACUGGAUCCACUCGUCGGGAAGGAAGCCGCCCGAAAGAUUGUAGCUUUCUUCCGGAAGAGCGUCUUUGACGAUUAGGAUGCCGUGUCAUGUAUUCUCUACGCAGCACAUAGCUCAUGGUCAGGCCGUUAGGACCCCAGGCAACGAAGUUUAUGACAUAAUUCAUGGCAGAAAUAUCCCGUACAUGUAAACAAAC